AUGGCUUCCAGUAUUCGGAUUGUUGCCUUUCUCCUUUCUGUAUUUUCUCUAGGAGGUGAAGGAGCUCGACAAAAUAAUUCUACCCAACUAAUAAGCCCAGGCUCUUCACUUUCUCCCAUAAGUAGCCGAAGUUCAUGGCCUUCUCCUUCUGGCCAUUUUGCAUUUGGGUUUUAUAAAAAAGGAGUAGGAUUUGCAAUCGGAAUUUGGCUGGUGGGAACAGACAAGCAAACAAUUGUCUGGACAGCAAAUCGCGACGAUCGCCCAGUCACCUCAAAUGCAAUGCUGCGGUUAACAAGUGACGGCAAGCUUGUUCUAAGUGACAGAGAACGACAAGAGAACCUCAUCGUCACUACAGGUACUAAUUCACCAACAGACUCUGCAGCUUCCUCUGCCUCCAUGCUCGACUCUGGAAAUUUUGUUCUGUAUAACGAAAGACGCGAUUUCAUCUGGGAGAGCUUUAAUCAUCCUACUGAUACUCUCCUUGGAGGUCAGAUUCUGCCUGUUGGGGGUUCACUCUUCUCCAGUCUUUCGGAAAAUGACCACUCAACAGGACGGUUCCAUCUCAACAUGCAGCCUGAUGGAAACCUGGUUCUAUACUCAGCAAACAGCGAAAACUCGUCUGCAGAUGCCUAUUGGAGCUCUGGAACCUUUGUCCAACCUAAGCUUCAACUUUAUCUUAACGCUACAGGUCGUCUAGUUCUCAUCAACAGCACUAAUUGGGAAGAAAUCCAUGUUUUAGAUUAUGAUGAAUCGUCCAAAACCAACUACAAAAACAGUACCAUAUAUCGUGCGACUGUUGACGUGGAAGGAAUUUUCCGGUUGUAUUCUCAUGAAUAUGAUGAGAGUACAGGAAAAUUCCAGCCAUCCCUUAUUCUGUGGCAAGCACUGGAUGAUCCUUGCGAUGUUAAAGGCUUCUGUGGCCUUAACAGCUACUGCACAUUUUAUGACAAUCAACCAAACUGUCUUUGCCUUCCUGGAACAGAUUACGCUGACUCCGACCAAAGGACCCUCGGUUGCUUGAGAAACUAUACUGAAGUAAAGUGUAAUGAUGGGAAAGAAAAUACAUCAAGUUAUCACAUGAUCACCAUGGAGAAUAUGGUAUUGGAAGAUAUGGCUUACUAUGAAGCAGGAAUGCUGACCGUGAAAGAAUGCAGCAGGUCUUGUCUGGAAGACUGCAACUGCGGGGCAGCUGUUUUCAACAGUAGGGCUAACGUUUGUGUCAAACAAAACUUACCACUCAGAUAUGUCCGAAGGGAUCCCAAGGAGUACAGUACAGCUGUCUUCAAGAUCGGCAACAGCCCCAACAAUACUAAUCCAGCCAUCCCGCUGAAUCCAAUUACCACGGUCGUUACAGACAAGAAGGUGAUUGAGCAAAUUCUUGUUUUAACUUUAGCUCUCAUCCUAUUCUCCUGUGCGGCCCUUGCAGUUUCUGGAUUUUAUAUUUUCAAAAUCCGACUUCUGCGGUACAAAAGGCUGACGGAGAUUAAUGGUGAUUUGGAGCUGGCUGAUGAAGAACUUACUUUGAGAGCUUUUUCAUUCAAUGAGCUGAGAAGAGCCACCAAUGGGUUCAAAGAAGAAUUGGGAAAGGGCUCGUUUGGAGCAGUUUACAAAGGGGCUUUAAACAAAGGGAAAAAAUUCAUUGCAGUGAAAAGAUUAGAGAAGCUAGUCGAAGAAGGUGAGAGGGAGUUUCGUGCAGAGAUGCAAGCAAUCGGAAGAACUCACCACAAGAACUUAGUUCGAUUGCUUGGUUACUCCGCCGAGGACUCAAAAAGACUCCUUGUGUAUGAAUAUAUGAGCAAUGGCUCCCUUGCAGAUCUCCUUUUCAGGAAUGAAUGGCAUCCUGCUUGGAGUGAAAGAGUAACAAUUGCACUUGAUGUCGCAAGAGGCCUCCUCUAUCUGCAUGAAGAGUGCAAGGCCCCUAUCAUCCAUUGUGACAUAAAGCCUCAAAACAUUCUGAUGGAUGAAUUCUGGAAUGCUAAAAUCUCCGACUUUGGACUUGCAAAAUUGUUGAUGCCGGAUCAAACGAGGACUUUCACAGGGAUCAGAGGGACAAGAGGGUACUUGGCACCAGAAUGGCAAAAGAACACUCCAAUCUCAGUGAAGGCAGAUGUUUAUAGUUAUGGAAUAGUGCUGCUCGAAAUUGUAUGUUGCAGGCGGAACAUGGACAUCAAUGUUAGAGCAGAGGAGAUUAUUCUAUCUACUUGGGUCUACAAGUGCUUUGUUGGUAGAGAGCUGCAUAAGCUCGUGGGUGGUGAAGAGGUCGAUAAAAAGACGUUGGAGAACAUGGUUAAGGUGGGACUAUGGUGUAUACAAGAUGAACCAGCUCUGCGUCCUUCAAUGAAGUCUGUUGUGUUGAUGUUACAAGGUAUUACUGAAAUAGCUAUUCCUCCAUGUCCAACUGCUACCUCCAUGUAA